GGGGACGCGUUUUCAAAACAAGCCCUGCACAGCUUGUCCCUUCCAAGCUCCCGUAAAAGGCCUGCUCGAUUAGCUAACCAACCCGAAUCAAAAUCGAAAAUAAACCUUCUAAACAGAGACUCAAUGGCUUUAGUGUCUAAAGAUACCAAAAUUGCUGAGCUGCUGACUGAGCUCCAUCAACUAAUCAAACAAACUCAGGAGGAGCGCUCACGCAGCGAACACAACCUACUCAAUAUCCAGAAGACACAUGAAAGGAUGCAGACAGAAAACAAAACAUCUCCUUACUAUCGAACAAAGCUGCGUGGACUAUACACCACAGCAAAAGCAGAUGCAGAGGCUGAAUGCAGUAUAUUGCGCCACGCUCUUGACAAGAUUGCAGAAAUUAAAUCACUCCUGGAAGAGAGACGUAUCGCUGCGAAGAUGGCAGGGGUGUACAACGACAGUGACCCACCCAGGAAGACCAUGCGCAGAGGUGUACUAAUGACCCUGUUACAGCAAUCUGCAAUGACGCUUCCUCUAUGGAUCGGCAAACCAGGUGAAAGUCCACCCCCUCUGUGUGGAGCGAUACCCGCGAGCAGUGACUACGUGGCAAAGCAGGGUGAUAAGGUAGCAGCUCGGGUGAAGGCUGUGGAUGGCGAUGAACAGUGGAUCCUGGCAGAAGUCGUCAGCUACAACCACUCCACCAACAAGUAUGAAGUAGAUGACAUUGAUGAAGAAGGAAAGGAGAGACACACUCUAAGUCGAAGAAGAAUCAUCCCUCUGCCACAGUGGAAAGCCAACCCAGAGACAGACCCCGAGGCAUUGUUCAGCAAAGAUCAGCUGGUGCUGGCUCUUUACCCACAAACCACCUGCUUCUACAGAGCCUUGAUUCAUAAUCCCCCACACCGGCCCCAGGAUGAUUACUAUGUGCUGUUUGAAGAUACGUCCUACGCAGAUGGCUACUCACCGCCUCUCAACGUAGCCCAAAGAUAUGUUGUAGCCUGUAAGGAGAACAAGAAAAAGUGAGGAAGAAGACGGUGGACCUGGAUCUGGACCUGGAUCUGGACCUGGAUCUGGACCUGAUUAAGUGGUCUUGAUUUAGGAGGACUGGUGUAGAAUCAGACACCUGCUGCAUAUAGUCACUACGUCACCAAAUGGAGAGACCAGGACAGAACAGUUGAAUACCAGCGCUGAUUAAAAUGUACCUGGGAUGGGAUAAAUGUGUGUUUCUAUUUGUUCAUGACUCUUGGAUUAUCAUUGGUAUAAAUUGUGAAUUAGCAUAACUUGGGAUGUUUAUAGGUCAAGUGUUUUUGUACAACGUUCCUGCCAGUGUGGGGCCAAAGAAAGCGACUGCAGAUAUGCAGUGUAACAAAAUAAAGAAACGUUUUUCAA